AUGCUAAGAUACCAGUUUGCGCGGCUUAUGCACGGAAGUGCCCGAAACUUGUCCCAUAGUAAUCCGUUGGGUCUUCCGCACUUCAAACCACCAAAUACAAAAUUACCAACAAAGCACACACUUCCAGGGGUCAAAAACGUUAUUUUAGUGUCCUCAUGCAAGGGCGGGGUUGGUAAAUCAACAGUUUCGGCCAAUCUUGCAGUUGCAUUGAGGGGAAUUGAGAUGAAAGUUGGAUUAUUAGACGCGGACAUUUUCGGACCCAGUAUUCCUAAAUUGAUGAAUUUACACGGUGAACCAAGACUAACAGACAGGGGAAAGCUUAUUCCACUUCAAAACUAUGGGGUCCAGACCAUGUCAAUGGGUUUUCUUAUCCCACACGAGGACAGUCCAGUAGUUUGGAGGGGAUUGAUGCUUCAGAAAGUAUUACAGCAAUUAUUGUUUGAUGUGGCCUGGAAUGACUUGGAUGUGCUUGUAAUUGAUCUCCCGCCGGGCACGGGAGACGUUCAGAUUACGAUUGGCCAGCUUCUCAAAGUUCGUGGGGCUAUAAUAGUGUCCACAAGUCAAGAUUUGGCACUUAUAGACGUUAAGAAGGGGAUAUCAAUGUUUUAUAAAGUGAAAAUUCCAAUAAUCGGCCUUGUAGAAAACAUGAGCGUGUUCAUAUGUCCCAAUUGCAACCAUAAGGAACAUCUAUUCGGUGAUGACGGAGUACUUAGGGAAUCCGAAAGACUUGGUAUUAAUUAUUUAGGAUCUAUUCCCCUUAAUCGUCAAAUAUGUGCAGAUUCGGACAUGGGGCUCCCAAUAGCGCUCAAAAGAGACUCUACACUAGCACAGCCGUACUAUAAAAUAGCAGGAAUGGUGAAACAAGAGAUUUCCGACCGAAAGAAGCAGAGUUGA